UUUGUGGGGGAAAAACAAAAGUCUUAUUAGCCGAGGCCUCCUCCCGGGGCCGUGAAUGAAAUUGACAUUUAAUACAAUUAGCUGAGCAGAAAACAGCUGCCAAUCACUCUUAAAGGGGAAGGACUCCAAUUAAGAAGUCCUGCUAAUCCUCCUGUUGCACCUCCUCCUCCUCCUCCUCCUCCUCCUCCUCCUCGCCCUCGCCUCUUUUCCUCCCCGCACUCCCAAACUUCACUUCAUUCAAGAGCGUGUGUCCGGACUUUUGUUUUUUUUGCUGAUUAUAUACUUUUUGUUUUGUACAUUUUCCCCAAGAAGGGCAUGCACGGGAAGCAGAGGCGGCCGAGUGAGGGUGAGAGUGUACUGUGGACGCGGUGAGGAGCAUCAGGAACUUCUUCUGCUGAUUUACACCUUCUAGCAGCAGGCCAGCAUGCAUCUGUCCCUGGACACCAUGAGCAUGGUGGACCACCUCUCGCCCAGCCACUUCCACGACCUGGCCAAGGGCGGAGGCACGGUGACGGUGGGGGGCCACGUCCACAGCAUCGACGUCAUCCUGGGCUUCAGCAAGGACCAGGAGGCCCUGCUGGGCCCCGGGCCUCACAAGGUCAGCAUGGAGGCCUUGGCUGAGGCCGGCAAGCAACACCCGUCCUACAGCGGACAUCUCGGCGCCCUGGCAGAUGACGACGCCGAGCAGCAGCAGCAGCAGCAAUAUCAGGACGCUGAGCUGUACAGCAACAAGUGCGAGGAGGAGCUGAGGAAGAGCGCCGACAGCGAGGAAGGCAAGUCCCCGGAGUCGUGCCAGGACGAGCAGCCCAAGAAGAAGCACCGACGCAACCGCACCACCUUCACCACCUACCAGCUGCACGAGUUGGAGCGCGCCUUCGAGAAGUCCCACUACCCUGACGUGUACAGCCGCGAGGAGCUGGCCAUGAAGGUCAACCUCCCCGAGGUCCGAGUCCAGGUGUGGUUUCAGAACCGCAGAGCUAAAUGGCGGCGCCAGGAGAAAAUGGACGCCGGCGCCAUGAAGCUCCACGACUCGCCGAUGCUCUCCUUCAACCGCCCGGCGCCGGUCCACAGCGCCAUGGGACCCAUGAGCAACUCCCUGCCCCUGGACCCCUGGCUGACCUCGCCCCUGUCGAGCGCCACGCCGGUCCACGGCCUGCCGGGCUUCAUGGGCCCCGCCCAGGGCCUCCAGCCCAACUACCCCGCCCACGGCUUCCUCAACUCGGGCCCUCACGCGCCCAUGGGCCAGGGGAUGGCCGGCAUGGCGCCGCCGCCGCCUUACCAGUGUCCGGCGCCGUUCCCCGGGGAGGACUUGGACCAGCGCAGUUCUAGUAUCGCCGCACUGAGGAUGAAAGCCAAGGAACACAUCCAGUCCAUGGAUAAAACCUGGCUACCCAUGUGACUAACAGGAAGUGACACUGGCUACCCAUGUGACUAACAGGAAGUGACACUGGCUACCCAUGUGACUAACAGGAAGUGACACUGGAUCUGAGCAUUUCUUUUCACUUUUUUUAUAUUUUUGUUUAGUUUUUUUGCAUCUCAAGUCAUGGAGCGCGUGAGUGACGACUUUUUCUACUUUCUGCUGUCCCUAUUCAUCUGACCCGCGUCAUUUCCUUCGUUGCAGCGUUUAAAAAACAAACAAACUGCCAAUUUUUCAUGAACUAAUAAUCAAUAUGCAAAACUAUGGAGGAGGAUUAAGGCGACACUGAGAUGAACAACAUUCAUUAUGAUAUAUUUUUUUCUACAAACAACAAAAUGUGUAAGAUCACGUGUUGUUUAUCUCCUAAUUUUAG